AUGGAGCCCCACCUGCUCGGGCUGCUCCUCGGCCUCCUGCUCUGUGGCACCGGGGUCCUUGCCGGCUACCCAAUUUGGUGGUCCCUGGCCCUGGGCCAGCAGUACACGUCCCUGGGCUCUCAGCCUCUGCUCUGCGGCUCCAUCCCAGGCCUGGUCCCCAAGCAACUGCGCUUCUGUCGCAAUUACAUCGAAAUCAUGCCCAGUGUGGCCGAGGGUGUGAAGCUGGGCAUCCAGGAGUGCCAGCACCAGUUCCGGGGCCGCCGCUGGAAUUGCACCACCAUAGACGACAGCCUGGCCAUCUUCGGGCCCGUCCUUGACAAAGCCACCCGCGAGUCGGCCUUCGUGCACGCCAUCGCCUCGGCCGGCGUGGCCUUUGCUGUCACCCGCUCCUGCGCGGAGGGCACCUCCACGAUCUGCGGCUGCGACUCCCAUCAUAAGGGACCACCCGGCGAGGGCUGGAAAUGGGGCGGCUGCAGCGAGGACGCUGACUUCGGGGUGCUAGUGUCCCGGGAGUUCGCGGACGCGCGCGAGAACAGGCCAGACGCGCGCUCGGCCAUGAACAAGCACAACAACGAGGCGGGCCGCACGACCAUCCUGGACCACAUGCAUCUCAAGUGCAAAUGCCACGGGCUGUCGGGCAGCUGCGAGGUGAAGACCUGCUGGUGGGCCCAGCCCGACUUCCGCGCCAUCGGCGAUUUCCUCAAGGACAAGUACGACAGCGCCUCGGAGAUGGUGGUGGAGAAGCACCGGGAGUCCCGCGGCUGGGUGGAGACGCUCCGGGCCAAGUACGCGCUCUUCAAGCCGCCCACGGAGAGGGACCUGGUCUACUACGAGAACUCCCCCAACUUUUGUGAGCCCAACCCCGAGACGGGCUCCUUUGGCACCAGGGACCGGACUUGCAACGUCACCUCCCACGGCAUCGAUGGCUGCGACUUGCUGUGCUGCGGCCGCGGCCACAACACGAGGACGGAGAAGCGGAAGGAGAAAUGCCACUGCAUCUUCCACUGGUGCUGCUACGUGAGCUGCCAGGAGUGCGUCCGCAUCUACGACGUGCACACCUGCAAGUAG